AUUCACGUGAAACUCUUAAGGAAAAAUAACAAAUCGUAAUUCUUUUCCCCUUUUUUUGGCACAAAAUAUAAUAUAACAAAAUCUUCUUGAAUCAUCAUAAUAUAAUACUCAAAAUAACCAGUAGUCUCUCAUUUUGCUUUUCUCACUACUCCACUUCCUCAGCAUGCACCAUUCAUCUAGGUAUCUUCUUUGAACCUAUUUUGUUUGCACACAUUUCUUGAUAUCCAAACAGAUGAUAACAAGUUUGAGGUUUUCCUUUGAGGCAUAUAUUUUGCUUUUUCUGUUUUCCUUCCGUCAUGAUUAGAGAUAAAGAGAAUUUUUCAGUGGUUUUUGAUUCACUGAACCUGGACAGUAUUUGGUUUCUUGCAUCUUGUUCCUCUUCAAAGGGAUUAUAAGCCCAAGACUAUGAUCUCAGGAAUUUAGUCCAUGUAUCAAGCGACCCCUAAAGGACAGAGAGUUGUUCACUUUUGAAAACUAGCUACUUCUCAGAAAGUUAAAGUAAAGGUGAAUUAGCUGUUCUUUUCUAGCAUGGGUAAUUCUAGUACUGACGCAGAAGAACGAAAAGAGAUGGACAUAAAGAGUUUUUCAUCUUCACAACACAACCAAACACCCUAUAUUCACAAGGUUGGAGUCCCUCCUAAACAGGACAUUUUCAAAGAGUUUAAGACUACUGUGAAGGAGACGUUCUUCGCAGAUGACCCACUGCGUUCUUUCAAGGAUCAACCGAGGUCUAGGAAGCUUGUACUUGGUUUACAGGCCAUAUUUCCAAUACUAGAUUGGGGUAGAAGCUAUAACUUCAGAAAAUUCAGAGGUGAUCUUAUUGCUGGUCUCACCAUUGCAAGUCUUUGCAUUCCUCAGGACAUUGGCUACUCAAAGCUUGCAAAUUUAGCUCCUCAGUAUGGAUUAUACUCCAGCUUUGUUCCACCUCUAAUUUAUGCCUUCAUGGGAAGUUCAAGAGAUAUAGCCAUAGGGCCUGUAGCUGUUGUGUCGCUCUUGCUAGGGACUCUUCUUCGGAAUGAAAUUGAUCCAACUACAAAUCCAACGGAGUACCUGAGGCUCGCUUUCACAGCCACCUUUUUCGCUGGCAUUACUCAGGCUACCCUUGGGAUCCUUAGACUGGGUUUCUUGAUAGACUUUCUAUCUCAUGCUGCUGUUGUUGGAUUCAUGGGUGGUGCUGCCAUCACAAUUGCCCUUCAGCAGCUUAAAGGUUUUUUGGGCAUUAAAAAGUUUUCUACGAAAACAGAUAUCAUUUCCGUGAUGAAGUCCGUGUUUCAUUCGGUCGACCAUGGAUGGAACUGGCAGACAAUUCUCGUCGGAUCAACCUUUUUAACUUUCCUUUUGUUCGCAAAGUACAUUGGAAAGAAGAAUAAAAGGCUGUUUUGGGUACCUGCAAUUGCUCCUUUGAUUUCUGUCGUUCUUUCGACUUUCUUUGUCUACAUUACCCAUGCUGACAAGAAGGGAGUUGCCAUUGUAGGACACAUUGACACAGGAAUAAAUCCUUCUUCUGUCAAAAAAAUGUAUUUCACUGGUGACUAUCUCAUAAAAGGGAUUAGGACUGGUAUUGUAGCUGGCAUGAUUGCAUUAACGGAAGCUGUCGCAAUUGGGAGAACCUUUGCAUCCAUGAAGGACUACCAGUUGGACGGAAACAAAGAGAUGGUGGCACUUGGAGCUAUGAAUAUCGUUGGCUCAAUGACAUCCUGCUAUGUAGCAACAGGUUCCUUUUCUCGUUCAGCAGUAAAUUACAUGGCUGGCUGUCAAACUGCAGUUUCCAACAUCGUCAUGUCUGUCGUUGUGUUUCUAACUUUGGAAUUCAUAACCCCUCUUUUUAAGUAUACUCCGAAUGCAAUCCUUGCUGCCAUCAUCAUCUCUGCUGUUAUCGGCUUAAUUGACUAUGAAGCAGCAAUUUUGAUUUGGAAGAUCGACAAAUUUGACUUUGUUGCUUGCAUUGGGGCAUUUUUUGGUGUGGUUUUUGCCUCUGUUGAGAUUGGUCUUUUGAUCGCGGUCACAAUAUCAUUUGCUAAGAUUCUCCUCCAAGUCACAAGGCCGCGAACAGCUACUCUUGGUAGGAUACCCCGGACGAAUGUAUAUAGGAACAUUCAACAAUAUCCCGAGGCAACCAAAGUUCCUGGUGUAUUGAUAGUUAGAGUGGAUUCUGCUAUAUACUUUUCAAACUCUAACUAUAUAAAGGAAAGGAUAUUGAGAUGGCUAAUGGAUGAGGAAGAACAACUAAAAGCAGCUAGCCUUCCUAAAAUUCAAUUUUUGAUCGUUGAGAUGUCACCUGUUAUUGACAUUGACACCAGUGGCAUCCAUGCCUUGGAAGAGUUGCACAGAAGCCUACAGAAGAGAAAUGUUCAGCUUGUUCUGUCGAACCCCGGGAGAGUGGUGAUUGACAAGCUACAUGCAUCCAAUUUUCCAAGUCAAAUUGGUGAAGACAAGAUAUUUCUCACAGUUGCAGAUGCUGUGCUAACCUGUUCAUUUAAACUGCCUGAAGAAGUUUAGUAAACAAAAAACUUAUACUAUGUAUGCACAAGAAAGCAAGGGGAAAAAAAUAUCAACCAAAAAGUAUUAUGAGGGACCAAAAUUGAAUAGAGUGUAUAAAGUGAAUUACCAAUAAAAAAGGAGGUGGAUUCUAUUUCUAGUCACUUGUGGGAUCCUCAGAAAAAAGUGGAUAGGAUACUAAUCCAAAAAAGAUAGUGGCACACUGGUCCUAGCCAAAUUGCCAUAAGUUCUUGUUUGGAUAAAGCUGGUAAAGUUAAAACAUGAUAGCUAUGAUUUAACUUUUAUGGUUAAAACUUAUAAUGUAGUGUUUAUUGAGAGUUCCUUUGUCUUUUCUUGUUCUUGCUAACUAGAGGCAACUCUAUGUACUAAACAGGACCGCUGUGAUCAUAUUCUGUAAAAUAUUUAAGAUGGCCUUGCUGACAAUGUUAACAAGGACUACAGUUUCA